AUGACAAAUCUAACGCCAUCAGAAAAGUACUCGAAACUAUCAGUCGAACAAACAAUCUCUGCUCUUGCCACUGAUGGGAAAUCGGGUCUCGCUUCAAAGGAAGCACGUACUCGUCUUGAUUUAAACGGCUACAAUGAAUUUCAAACAGAAAAUGCCGAAGUCAUGUACGUAAAAUAUAUGAAGCAGUUCACCGAGAAUCCUCUCAUUCUUCUUUUACUAGCCUCAGCCGGCGUUUCUUUGGUAAUGGGCAACAAGGAUGAUGCAUUUUCAGUGUUGCUUGCCGUAUUCAUUGUUACCACCGUGGCAUUUGUGCAAGAAUACAGAUCAGAGAAAUCAUUAGAGGAAUUGAACAGGCUGGUACCUCACUUUUGUAAUAUAGUGCGGGACGGAAAGACAAUGUCAAUAAACGCAAAUCAGUUGGUCCCUGGUGAUUUGGUCAUGUUUGGCGUUGGUGACAGAAUUCCUGCCGACGUACGACUUGUAAGCGCCGUCGAUUUAGAAAUAGACGAAUCAAACUUUACCGGAGAAACAAAACCACGCAAAAAGGGUAUUGACGUCAUGAUGAACAACGGACUAGAGCUCGACAUACAGCACAGAAAAAAUAUCGCUUUUAUGGGCACUUUGGUGACAAAUGGGCACGGAACCGGAAUAGUCGUUGGCACUGGCAAGGCCACAGAAUUCGGUGCCGUUUUCCUGAUGAUGGAAGAAGUCGAGAAAUCUAAAACCCCUCUUCAGGUCAACAUGGACCAACUAGGAAAACUUUUGUCGUAUUUCUCGUUUGCGAUAAUUGCCGUUAUUAUUUUGAUAGGCAUAUUCCAAGGUAGACAUUGGUUGGAAAUGUUUACGAUCGGUGUGAGUCUUGCCGUCGCAGCCAUUCCCGAAGGUCUUCCAAUAGUCGUCAUCGUCACGCUUGCCCUCGGUGUGUUGCGAAUGGCAAAACGCAACGCAAUAGUAAAGAAACUUCCUGCUGUCGAGACCUUGGGCUCGGUCAAUGUCAUCUGUGCUGACAAGACGGGCACGCUUACUGAAAACAAAAUGACAGUGACAAAGAUAUUUACGCUUGACAAGGGAAUGAUAUUCGAUCUCGAGCAUACCAUUCCUACGCUGACCUCUAGCGCCAUGAAAGUGGCUUUAAGAAUCGGCAAUCUGUGCAACAACGCUCGUAUCGAUGGCGAGGGCAAGAAAACUGGCAAUGCGACCGAAAUUGCAUUAUUGGAGGCGGCACAGAAAUUCUUUUCGGCAGAUGAACGAUCAUCGUACGAACGUGUGGAAGAGACUCCGUUUAAUUCUGAGCAGAAAUGGAUGUCUGUUACUUGUCGUCGGCAUGAUUCACAGGAGAAACUUGUAUAUUUCAAGGGAUCUAUCGAGGCAGUUUUGGAGAGAAGCGUUCGGUAUUUUGUUUCCGAGACAAAUAAACCUGCAUUGGAUAUAAACGCCAAGGAGAUUGUCAUGCAGCAUGUAAACGCCAUGUCCAAUCAUGGGUUGAGGGUUUUGGGUUUGGCAUAUGGUAACAAGAUUAACGAAUUGGUGUUUGUGGGAUUCGUGGCUAUGCAUGAUCCUCCCAGACAAGGCGUCGACAAGUCUAUCAACGAGUUAAUCAAAGGAGGAGUCAAAGUGGUCAUGAUUACUGGUGACUCAGAUGGAACUGCUCUUUCGAUAGCACGACACCUCGGCAUUCCACUAAACGCCUCCCGAUCAAGCUGUCUUACUGGUCAUGAUAUCGAGUCAAUGUCUGAUAAACAAUUGGAAGAAGUUAUUGGAAGCAUUUCAGUCUUUUCGAGAACGACGCCAAGACACAAGCUGGCUAUUGUCAGGGCGUUCCAAGCUAAAGGGGCUAUUGUUGCCAUGACUGGAGAUGGAGUCAACGAUGCUCCUGCAUUGAAAAAGGCUGACAUAGGCAUAUCCAUGGGAAAAAGCGGAACCGAUGUUUCACGAGAAGCGGCCGACAUGAUACUGGUUGAUGAUGACUUUUCCACAAUAUUAGCCGCAGUGAAAGAAGGAAAAUCAAUAUAUUAUAAUAUUCAAAAUUUCUUAACCUUCCAAUUGAGUACAAGUGUGGCCGCACUCACUCUCAUAACACUUUCAACAAUAUCGGGUCUGCCUAACCCGCUCAAUCCAAUGCAAAUAUUAUGGAUAAAUAUUCUCAUGGACGGUCCGCCUGCGCAAUCACUGGGAGUAGAGCCUGUAGAUCACGAUGUAAUGAACAAACCUCCCAAGAAAAAGAAUGCACCCAUAUUGACGCAGAGACUUAUCAAAAGAGUAUUGACGGCAGCUGCAUGCAUAGUUGCUGGCACACUGUUUAUAUACAUGACUGAAAUGAGAGAUGGAAAUGUAACGGCCCGGGAUACCACUAUGACGUUUACGACAUUUGUAUUCUUUGACAUGUUCAACGCGUUAGCAUGUCGUUCAGAGAAAAAGUCUAUAUUUGAAAAAGGAUUUUUUUCAAACCGCAUGUUCAAUUACGCCGUUGCUGGAUCUAUUAUCGGGCAGCUACUAGUUAUUUAUACGCCAUUCCUACAACGUAUUUUUCAGACGGAAGCAAUCGGACUGUACGAUCUACUCAAGCUGGUAAUAUUGACAUCGUGCGUAUUCUGGGUGGAUGAAGCAAAGAAAUACUUCAAGGAAAAGAAAAUCAAGAGCGUUCUUGAUUACAAAGUAUGA